AAGUCAGUCACCCUUUGACUCUGGCUACAACACGCCGUGAUCUCGUUAGGCGCACAGCACACGGCAACGGAGUUCUUGGUAUUCUCAAAUCUCCUCACUCCCCUUCGAUACGGCAGCCCAACCAAGAGCACCAGUCUUCACACAAUGGUCCCCAGACCUCAGUUCUUCGUUGUCAGGCCUGACACCAAGACGUCCUCAGCCGACGGCAGAGUCUACACAGUUCAUGGUGCCAUCGUGCCUCUCGUCGCAGUAGACGAACUCCCGGAGUGGCUCGAUCUCGUCGGCGUCCCUCGCGGGCUCACUGCCAAGCAGACCGUCGGCUUGUACAACCUGGGCACCGUGAGCAAGGGCGAUGGCUCCUAUGCCGUCAACAUCCAUCGGGCCAGUACGGCCGGCUCAGCUGCUCGCGACUCGUCGAUUGCGAUGAACAAUAUGGAAGCUAAGCAAGCGGAGUAUGCCACCGUUAAUGCCCCGUCAACCUCCUCCCCUUCAGGAGUCAAAGCACCAUCUGUGGCCGCAGCCGCGACAACUCAUGCCCAUCCCGCGGACAACAUGAAAGCACAUUGGAGCGAGGCCCACGCCCGGGCCCUGGCCAUCAGCAACAAUACCGCCCAGCAGCAACCCCAAGCCCCCCUACUUCCUCCCACUUCAUCUCCUCCCGCGCAACCUCCCCUCCCAGGAGACCCCGCAAAGCCAACGACGAUGACGACGACGACCUCCACAGCAGGUAACGCCACCCCCGAGCCAGGCGCAACAACAGCGGCGUCCACAGAAUACUGCCGACACUGGUGCCACCACGGCACGUGCCGCUGGGGUCCGCGGUGUCGCUACCUGCACGCCAUGCCCACCACGCGCGCCGAGCUGGCCGAGAUCGGGCUGAGCGAGAUUCCCGCGUGGUGGAGGAUUGCCACUGGUACUGCCACGGCCGGACUACCUUCGACUUCUCUAUCAUCACACCCCGGGAAUGCUAUCACUACUAGCACUACCCCGCAGCCCAGCGGUCUUGGCCGCCUUGCUGGUGGGCAUAGUGCUAGUGGUGAUGGUAAUGGUAAUGGUAAUGGUGGGUAUGACCCGCGCGAUGUCCGGGCCGGGGUGAUGCGUCUGCUGUCGCCAGGGGCAGGGGUCGGAACUGGUGCCGUGGUUGGGUUGGGAAGGGGAAGCAAUAACAGUAAUAGGAGAGCGGCAAAGGCGCAGACGCAGCUGCGCGAGACGGUGGCGCUGCUGAGGGAACUGGGAUUGGCAUUGGGCGGAGGGGGAGGGAGGGUCGCUCGCAACAGGAGGGAGGUGAAUCCGCUUGAGAAGGGACGGGGGAAGGGUGUUGUGGGAGAGGAGAAGGAGACCAUUCUGAAGGCGGCCAAGGCUGAAGGUUGGCUUGCUGCUAGCAUUCACUCUGCCAGUCCCACUGCUGCUGGUGCUGCAGCUGGAAGGGCUGGGCAAGUGCAGACUAGAGGUGUCGUCGCGGCUCAGGAGAAUGCAGUUGGUGUUUCGAAGCGGGAGGGAGGGCAGACGGCUGUUGUGGCUGCUCAGACGGCGGGUGCUGCUACGAAGGUUGGGAAGUUGGUUGAUGUGUAAAGCUAAUGAGGCUGAGAGUAACCUGGAAGAAUGAAUGUUGGACCAGGGAUCACACGACUCCCCAGGCAGAAUCACGUUGUAUCUCAGCAAAAUCAUCAGAGCAUAGAUGGCCACGGCC